CAUCUCAGGCGCCUUUGAUAGAUUUUGUGCAGCUCAGACUCCAUGUUGGGUUUAUUUAUGGUUUGCUGAGGAUCAUGUUAGCCAGCCAGGGGCGUCACCUGAGUGGGGUGUUAUCACACACGUUUACAUUCCAUAGGUCCACCUGAACUUGUAUGAGCUGUCACCUUUGUGAGCAAACUAGAUUAUCUUCAGUUAAGGCAGCAGUACCUGGCAUCCCACUCUGCCCCCUGCGACGUUUCAAUGCUAGUGCCACGUCUGGUGAUAAUGGCACUAUUCUGGCACCCGGUCCCCCCGGCGGAAACUUGUCAGUGCCUCCCCCGCAGCCUGACUAGACGCGCCACUCCUGCGCUCACCACCGCGUCGACAACACGUGCACUUACGCCCAUCUCCCAGAAACUUUUUAUAGAAUUGUGGAAUCUUGAUCACUACUUGUGAGGACACCAGAUAACAACCGCGUGAACUAACGAGAGACAAUUACUUACCUUCACGAUAUACAGAACAGAAGUAAGUGUCUGAACAGUGCGGUCAUCAGUGGUCACAAAGAUACACUUCAGGUUCUCCUGUACAGUACUAGUGAGUCUGGACAAGUAGGCUGCUACGUUAUCUCAUUAACCUCCGACCUCAGGCGUGGUAACAGUGCUAGUGACUCCCAAAGAAGGACAUCACUAUCUGGCGCCCUCCUGCAUUAGGCGUGCGUCCUGGUCAACGCACCUCGACUCCGACAAGCCCCGCACACCCACCUGCUGCUGCUCGUCUUCUCUUCUGCGACUGCUACAGGAGUUGUCAUGCGUCGCUGCUGUUGGUGCUGCGGCAGCCUCCAGAAGGGUGUCGUGGCCAUAGGCGUCCUGGGUAUGCUGUGUGCGAUGGUGUUGAUCGUCCUGUACGGCACCGUGGCAGUCACCCUGGAGGAACACCUGAGGACAUGUAGGCAGGAUCCUAACAGCGAAGACAACGGCGUCCUACCACCCUGCACUGACAUGAUGAAUCCUACUGUAGUCCUUGGAGUUCGGAUCUUCCUGUACAUUCAGGUGAGCGUGUGGGUUCUCUUCCUCGUCUUCUCCAUCAUUCUCAUCAUCGGGGCCGUCAAGAAGCGUAGAAGCCUGCUGGUGCCGUGGAUGGUGCUGUCAGGAGUGGUGAUGGCGGCUGUGAUCUGGUCAGGUGUCAACGCUGUCCUCUAUAACCGUAAGCUGGACCUCCUAGCCUCUGUACUGUCCCUCAUUAUCUUCAGUUACUGCUGCCUCGUCAUCCGCUCAUUCUCCAAAGCCAUCAAGAGAGAAGCCUUGAUACCAGUCCUUGUUCCCUCCACCUUCACACAGCCUCAGAUGUUUUGCGAGAACAAUCACACACAAGUCGGGGAGAUGAGGGAGUUGCCCCCUGCCUAUACUCCCAACCCAACCACGCCCACCAAGAAGUCACCCCUACCCACAGGUCUCGGGGUCAAGAUAUAAUGAUUCGGUGCCAGAGGCUGUGGUCGAGACUACAUAUUUUUUACACAAUUGAGAUAUUUUUGAUGAAGAAACGUUUAUAUUGCCCUGUGUAUAUAUACUCUCUGGUGAAUCUUAAGUACGUGGACUAUAAAGUGGUCCCUGGAAUUGAUGGGAACAAGCGGUGUUAUUUUAGGUUUACGUGUGUUAGUAUUUUUAAGUUGUUAAGGCAGGUGGUGUUGGUCGUUAUCCCCCGGGAGAGACUGAGGCAUGCUGGAGGCUGCUCAGGGACUCAAUUUUGGUAAACAAUCUCAUUAAAACACAGAGCCAAUUAAUAAAUGGCCUUCUUGGUGUGAGUAAUCAUUGCGUACCUAACAUGGGAACAAGAUGUAUGAAAACUAAAAUCAGAAAAAAAUAAAUUUAGUGUUUUGAUUCGGUGACGAGUUAACACACAGGUAGUAGUGGAGGAUGAGUGUCUUAGAGCUCGUUUAUUAACACAGGUGAGUGAGGGACUACAGGUGAAGGGCAUCUGGGGCUCCAAGUGAGAGGUAUUUGGGGCUACAGGUGAGGGUAUUCAGGGCUGUAGGGACCCAGAAACACAUCAGACAAAAAUAACAUUAUAUACCGUAAACUCACUAAAAGGUUAUAGAUUAUAUUGAGUGUUUUGGAGGUACUGUAACAGAACCAGUUAGUGGAGGUUCACACACACACAACAUGGUAUCAGUUUAGAAACUUUGCUGUUGACCUCUUGAGCAGAUCAGCUUCUCUCCCCUCUAGCGUCGGGUGAUGGUGGCAAUGUCUUAAGCGAAGCACAAGGUGUCAGUUUCUCAUAUGAUUUCAUGUUUUACUUUUAAUUGCUCGCUUGACUGUACUGUUGUGAGGGGAUGAAUGCCAUACGUUGUAAUUAAUCACCUAUGAACACGUCUAUAUUGUGUGAUUUUUUUUUAAUAUAUAAAUAAAUAAAUAAUUAUUAUCAUUCCUUUAAAAAGACUUGUAUAGGGGAAUUAAUCUUUUAUUAUUAUAGAUAUAAAAGGUGUUUUUUUUAAUGUCUAAUUUCGACACCAAAUGAAUAGUUUGAGAUCGAGUCGAAAUGUUUUUUGCAAUAAUUCCUUUCAUAAUACUAACAAGAUAAGGUUUCAGGAUCAAUUCACUGAGACUCACUCAUCCAUGUUCCUUCCAGAUGGUUUGUAUGUCCCUGUGUAUGUGUUCCAUUGUACCUCAAAACAAACACACACACACACACACACACACACACGCACUCUCUCUCUCACACACACACACACACGAGGAACCAAUCUGGACAUAAUUGUAUAUAUUGUCAUUAAAACUAAUUCCUGUAUU